GAUACAUUGGAAGGUUUAAUCAGGUUGGAUGCAACACAAUAAUCACAGACUUUAUAGCGUUACCACUUCAAAACCUAAAGUUUUAUCAUUUCAAAAACUUGUGUCCGCUAAUUUACGAGAGUUAUUUUGAAAGUUAUGACCGGAAGGUUGUUGCUGUAUUCCCACUAGCUUGUGUAGCUUUCCAGAGCACACAGUGUGCUACUGCUGCCUGCCAGUGGUGGUCUCUCUGCCCUCUCCAGCUACACUGCUGCUGCUGCAGGGGACUCUGUCGCAUAUUCCCCUUCAACCUGUCGUCUGUCAGCACCUGGUUGCCUUUGGACAAGGACGGUGAGACGUCCAGCUUUGACUGUAAGAACGCAUGUGCCUGAGAGUCUGACACAAGUCUGUUCAAUGGCCACCUCAGGCCCCACCUCUUCUGCCUCCAUCACUGCCGCUGUGCCUGAGGGUUUCCAUUAUGAAACCAAGUACAUUGUGCUCAACUAUCUGGGAUUGCCGCCUGUUCAUAGAUCACAGGCACUAACCUCAGCUCAAGGAGAUGCCCAGCAUGCGAGACAGACGAGUACAAUGAUAAAAGGGCAUGAGGAAGAGCUGAGACAACUGGACGAUGAAAUCGCUGCUUCCUCUUCUACAACAGGCUUCGACCGGCACAUGUCGCUCGUGUUUAAUCCGCCCACCCCAGAAACCUCCAUUGAAGACUGCCUCGCUGCGAUGGGAGACCGGCUGGCCGCAGAGCUCGACACACACCUGGCAGCAGCCGUAUACACACUCCUCGCAGGGCCUAUGGACUACCAGAGAUUCAGAGACACAACACGGGCUCUCUCAGUACACACACAGGGAGGCUGGAGCAAGGUGCUAGUACCUUUGGUGCUGCUCCAGGCUUUACAAAGUGAGGGCCAGUCACUGACAACCCUGUUGCAUCUGGGGGUACGCUUCCUGGAGGAGGAUGAAGCUGGCUACAUCAUCCAGCAAGGCGGAUGGGGUGAGAUAUUCAUCCUCGAGUCAGAGGAGGAGCGAGGUGUGACCAUUGCUGAAGACAGCAACGACAUUUACAUCCUGUCAGGGGACCAGCAUCCUGACCAGCUCAGUCCCCCCUCCUCGCUGCUCUGCACUGGAGACAACAGCAGUGAGCAGAGCUCCUGGCAGACAGAAAGCUUUCCUGUGUCUCUCGCCGGCCACGAGUCUUGGGCACAGGUUGCUGCGAUGGACCCCGAAGACAUCAAGAGCCUGGACAGCAACGAGGGCGUAGCUCUGGCCGAGGAGCGCAGCGAAAACAACUCCUCAAACUCUGACAUUGUCCACGUCGAGCGCGAAGACGCCGAGCUGCUCGAGGAAGGAGGCGAAAUCGGAGCAAUAGACGAAAGCAUGAUGAGCGUUUUGGGCACGGAGAGUGACCUGGCCGCGCUCAGAGAAGAAUAUAGGGAGCAGACUCCACCUGUUCCAGUGUCAGCUGACGCCGACUCCACGGCCCCGGCCUCCCUGCUUUCAUUAGAAGACCCAGUUGUAAUAGAGACGCCUGCAAGCUUGUCGGCAGAGCCUCCCCUCGUCUUAGAACCAGAGCUGCCUCCCCUGGUCCCUGAAGCUGCUGCUGAACCAGAACCUGCAGCUCCUUUAUCUGUUCCUGCAGUAGAACCGGAGCCUGAGCCAGAACCAGCUGCUGCCACCGCCCCAGUGCCUGCUGAGGUGGCAACCCCAUCUCAAGCCAAGGAAACCCCAGCAGAGCCUGAAGCCACCUCAGAACCAGAACAGGAGCCAGAGCCCGUCGCAGUGCCUCCCCAGUCGGAGGAGCCAGAACCAGAGACUGUGGCAGAGCCGGCUGCAGUGGCCCCUAUAGAAUCCCCAGCUGAGGAGCCUCCAGUGCAGCUGGAGCCAGAAUCAGAUCUCCCAGAGCUGCUUUAUGGAGGCGCUGCACUGGUGGUCCUCGCUGCUGUAAUGGCAUACGGUGUCAUAAGCUACAGGAGGAAGUAAAGAAAUCUUUCCCAGGGGAGGAGAAUGCAAAUUACAAUGUUAAGGUAGAUAUAAAUGUAUUAGUACACACAUGGUGGGACUGUUCUCACGAAGUGUGUUGCAUUUAUUAAAUGAGGCUGCAUUUUUUUUUUUUUUAUCUAUCCUUUUUGAAGGUUUAAAAUCUGUGAAAAUGCCCCCCAGCAAACCAAAAUCUCAUCCACGACCUUACUGCUGGGAGUAUCUGGCUGCUGCACUGCACCAGGUCAGAAAGGGGAAAACGAUGCACUUCACUGUUCUCCUUAUGUUCCAUGUCUUUCUUCUCUCUUAAUUCUUUUGGGUUAACUUGUAAUUUUGUGGUGAAAUUCCUAAGACUCCUGCCCUUCAUCUCUUACAAUGGAAAGUUUGUGGAUUCUUCUGCUAGUUUUGGUUUCUGUGGUGUCUGUUUUGUACCAUUUGAGUCAGAGUAACUUCAUGGGAAAUUCACUGACGAUGCCCACUGCGCUAAAGUAAACCUCAAAGCCCACACUUAGUGUUGUUGCGAGACACACGGUUUUCUAGCUUCCUCUUUUUCUAUGCAGCAAAGUGGCAUUUAUUUAUAUUUCCCCCACUAACACUAACUGUGAUGAGGUAUUCCGAUUCUUUUCCGAUUAACAAACCAAAUGUACGAUAUGGAAAAGAAACCAGUAUUAUGAUUUUACGUGUCAGUUUGAAACUGCUUAUGACACAGAACAGGCAUACUAGGUUAGAUUAAUGUUCCAUCUUUCCAUAUUGCACAAAGGAUUUGUAUUAUUUACAUGCAGCAUAUUUUAGUUUUUCUUGUAUGAAACAUUAAAGAUUUUGCCUAAGAAUGGAUGGAAGUAUUUAAAUGUGUCCUAAAGUAGAGUACUGCUGCUGCAUUUGUAGGAAUGAUACAUCAAGCAUGCUGAUAUACUUAAAAUUCUUGAGUCAUUCUUUUGCCAUCAUCCGUAUGCAAGUCUGAAUAAAUACAGCAAGUAA